AUGUCCUCCAUCCCAACCACCAUGCGCGGCAUCGUCAUCGAGAGCCACGGCGGCCCCGAAGUCCUCCAAUACAAAACCGACCUCCCCGUCCCAGAGCUCAAGCCUGGCCACAUCCUCGUCAAAAACGAAUACGCCGGCGUCAACUUCAUCGACACCUAUUUCCGCACCGGCCUCUACCCACCCCCCUCCCUCCCCCACACCCUCGGCCGCGAAGCCGCCGGCAACGUCGUCGCCCUCGGCCCCGACACAUCCACGGACCUCAACCCCGGCGCACGCGUCGCCUGGCUCGGCAGCGCCUCGUACGCCGAAUACAGCUUGGUGCCAGCGUCCCACGUCAUCCGCAUCCAGGCCAGCCUGCCGUCAUCGACGGCCGCGGCGUCGCUCUUUCAGGGGCUGACGGCGCUGACGCUGAUCCGCGAAGCGCACCGCGUGGCGGCCGGCGACGUCGUGCUCGUGCACGCGGCGGCGGGCGGGGUGGGGCUGUGGCUGGUGCAGCUGCUGGCGAAGGCGAUUGGGGCGAGGGUGGUGGCGACGGCGAGUACGGAGGAGAAGUUGGAGGUGGUGCGGGGGGCGGGGGCGGAGUGGUUGGUUAGGGGGUAUGCGGCGGAGGAUGUGGUGGGGAAGGUGAGGGAGGUGACGGGGGGGAGGGGCGUGGUGGCGGUGUUUGAUGGGGUGGGGAGGGCGACGUUUGAUGUUAGUUUGGAGUGUGUGCGGCGGAAGGGGAGUUUGGUGUGUUUUGGGAAUGCGAGUGGCGCCGUGCCGCCGGUGGAGAUUUUGCGUCUGAUGGAGAAGAACGUUAAGCUGCUCCGGACGAACUUGGCGCAGUACAUUGCUACGCGGGAGGAGUUCCAGCAUUAUGCUGAUGAGCUCCUGGGCUUCAUCGAGAAGCAUAACCUUGAUGCUCGGAUCCACGAGAUCUACCCUCUGGCUGAGGCGAAUAAGGCUCAUGAGGAUAUUGAGUCCAGGAAGACUAGCGGAAAGCUUUUGCUUAAGGUAUAG